AUGCCUCGAAAGCCGAGAAGGCAUCAACAGCUCAAAUCUUGGCCGAUUACAUUUUCCCCUUUUGCUCGUGCUCUUGCUCAUACGAUGCCGAAGCGUCGUUCCGAAUCCGAUGAGAACCCCACCCCUUCCUCUGCUAGUAAUGGAUCCACCAAGCAUCCUUUAGAAGAGAGAUUGGAAGGAUCCGAGUCAUCUGAUGGGGAGUUUGAGGGAGUUGUCCAAGCGGAUUUUGCGUUUUUUGAUCCUAAAUCCAAUGAUUUCCAUGGAGUUAAGACCUUGCUGCAAACUUACCUGGAUGUUGAGGAAUGGGAUUUGAGUGGCUUUGUAGACUUAAUUUUGGAACAGACCACUGUAGGGACUGUUGUGAAGGUAGAGGAUGAUGAGGACGAAGGGAUUUUUGCUCUUGCUACCUCUCUUAAUCUAUGGAGGUAUAGGGAGCAUAGAUGUAUUAUCCAACUCAAGGAAUUUCUCCUCCAUAAAGUAUGCCAAGAGAAGCGCAUUGCUGAUCAGUUGAGAUUACUUUUGGGGGAACAAGCACGAAAUGUCGGUCUCCUUGUAUCACAGCGUGUGGUGAACCUUCCUCCUCAGCUUUUACCGCAUCUCUAUGAUUCUCUUUUUAAUGAAGUGUCGUGGGCCACAGAAGAUGAGCCAACAGAGGAUCUCCGAAAUUCCUUCAAGUUUAAGCAUUACAUAAUACUAAGCAAAAUUUACAAGCACAAGAAUGCAGAACUAAAAAGAAAACAGAGCGAUGAUAGUGAUGAGGCGAUAAUAUAUGUUAAGCCCGAGGAUGAAAUUUUUCACAAGUUAAGCUCGUGGUCCUUCUGUUUUCCUUUGCGCACUCAGCAGCCUGCACCUCACGAGCUAAAGAAUUACAGAUCGAUGGGAUUAAUCAUGGCCGUUGAGGCAGACAAAAUUCCAGCAUUUCGACAAGAAUUAGGUUCUUUAAUUAAUGAAAGCUGA